AAAAAAAAAAAACUAAAAGUUAAAACGUAUAACAUACUUUUACCUAUUAUAAUGAAUUUGUAAAGUUAUAUUUUAUAAAAGUCGUACAUAUUAUUCAACUUAUUACUGGUUACGAAUUCUAUUUUCUUACACCUACGUUUCAAUUGUUAGUUUUAAGUUUCAAUAUGGCCAAUCAAAAAGAACAGGCCGUUCUACCCGAAGAAGAGUAUUUGGAGAAUAUUGGUAAAAUCAUUGAAAGAGAUUUCUUCCCAGAUCUGGAAAAGUGGAAAACUCAAAAAGACUAUUUAGAUGCCGUCGAAAUAAAUGACACAAAGAAACUACGGGAAAUAUACGAAAAAUAUAGUAUAAGCAAAAGACUACUAGCUACACAGCCAGAUGCCAGUCCAGAUACUUUUGAAACGCCACAACCUUCUAAAGGGCCGUCAUCUAGUAGAGCUGAUGAUUCAAGUAUUAUCGAUGGUGGGAAAAAUGAUGAUAACAAAACAAAAACUGUUGAGAAUACCAGUUUAGAUAAGUUCUUAAGUAAAACCACAAGUGAAGACAAUCAAAGUUUCAAUGAUAUUAUUAAGGAAUCAGAAAUUCAAUUCCGCAAAAAGAACGCUUGGUUGUUUGAAGGCGAAACUAAAGCUUUGGAAAUGGUAGAUACACUCCAAGUGCCAUCUAUUGAAGACCAAGCAUCCAUAACGGAUAGGCCGUUUAACAUGAACUCUUGGACAUUCAAAAAUAAAAAUUACAUUAUGUAUGUCCCCGACGGAGUUCAAUUAACAAAAGAAGAACUAAUAAGUAUGGCUUCUAAACGACAAAAAAUCGAACAUUCUAAUACGCGUCUUCGUCUGAAUCCAUUUGAUGAACAACACAACAAACAGCAAUUGUGUAGCUUGGCGCAUAUGCAAACUCGGCAGUUGGACGGCAAAAUCGGUGUUGACGGCAAAGAAUUAACUUCUUACACCCCUAAAAUAAACGGAUAUGGUUUUGUCAAAACUCCUUCUCCAGCUCCGGGUGUCAACCAGAGUCCGUUGAUGACUUGGGGAGAAAUUGAGGGCACUCCGUUUCGUUUGGACGGAAGCGACACACCGUUGACACCUAAUAAUUCUGGGCCUACUUUUAAAAUACCCGAACAGCCUAAAAGGGAACGAUUGGCUCAUGCCCUUGCUGAAAAAGCAAGUGAGAGCCAUAGGAAUAAAAAGUUUAAAGCCUUAGAAACAGCUAGAAGACAGUUAUCAACGCCUUCGCCAUCUCAUUUAAUGACAAGUCCAUUGGACAGAUUGAAUACCAUGUCACCGGCUGCACAACGUUUAGUAUCUAACCGUUUAAGCAGUGAUAGAAGAAGAGAUUUUGCAUUGAGAGCGUCUUACAGCCCAUCGCCACAAUCGACGCCCACUCGAUCACCAGCUAUUUCACAGUUGAAAAGUGAUUUGAAAAAAUCUACACCCACAAGCGAAAAGAAACAAUAUGAUGUACCUAAAAACUUGACCGAUAAUUUAUUGAACAUCAAUGUUGCAAAACGUUCUAGAGCAGUUGAUUUUUUUUAAAUGGUUAAAAAAAAAAAAUGAAAUUAAACUAAUAUGUAAAAUACUUUGUUGUACAGUAAAUUAAUUAUAUUGUUAAUUUUGUAAAAACGCUAAGACAGUAGUGCUGAAUACUGUUACGUUGCUCGCUUCCUGUUCGACAAAUGAUAUUGAUAUGCUAAAACAUGAAAAUACUUUGUAAAAAAAAAAAAAAAAUUGACUUGUAUAUUUUUAUUCUGUUACUUUUUGUCUGGUAUUUUGAAGUAAUCUACAAUGUGCUUUACCAGUACUUGAGCGUGCUUUACAUUUUGUUCGGGAGUUAUUUUCCCCGAACCGCCCACUAUCUUCAACGUUCCCAAGACGCAACAGCCAUCCACGCCGUGCCAAUAAAUAUUUUGAUUAGCGUUUACGUGCACUACGGAAAACUGAAAUUCAAUGCGACCUUUACUUUACUAACGUAUCCAAUGAAUUAAGAGUUUUUUUUUGUCAACGUAUCUAUAGAAUAGAACUACAAAGAAAUUUUUUUUAAAUUUUGUAAGUAAUGUUGUACUUCUAAUCUUGUUUUUGGUUUUUCCUAUGGCUAUAAUUUAAAAUAUACUUUAGUCCAUUAAGAACACAGAAUAGGUAAAUGCUUACGUUUUUUGGUGUACUAAACAUGUCUGCCAUUAAUUCAGCCGUUUUAAUUCCAAAAUCUGACGGUAUUUUCGAAGGCUGAACAUUUGUGUCAAUUUGUAAUAUUGGCAUUUUAUAUAUUAUAUUUUCACGGACGAGCUACGGGUUUCAAAACGAUUCUAAACCAAUG